AUGAAUGCCAAGAGUCCGUUGGUUCACCGAUUCUCCGAUGCGGCCAAGGAUCCACAGAAGUUGGCUGAAUUGAAGAUGUUGUUGAAUGUACUCUGCCACGAGACUUCUUAUGUCGAUGAGUGCCGUGUGUUCGUCUCUAAGCUUGACGUCAUCGUCAAGAAGCUGGAGCCAUUUUUGCAGGAUGCUCACCGUGUCUGCAAGUCGUUCCACAUGUGCUCAAACUCUCGCCUUGAGGCAUUCCACCGAAUUGGACUACUGUACGCAAAGAGGACAUUGAACAAAGUCGAAGGAAUGAAGGAUUUCGUCUGUGACGAAUGCCAAUUCGCCGCUCGUGAACUGAAGAUUAUUGUUGAGGAUAAGGAGAAGCAGCAGGAAAUCCAUAUCUCGUCGAACAGCUUCCUUCUGAGAUGUUCGGAGCUCGACACAAUGUUGAAGGACCCCAAAAUGGCCUGCGCUGAUGUUGGUUUCUGCCCGCGUACCAGCCCACCACGCAAGCUGACUGCUGCUUAUGAGGAAACUCCAAUUCAUCCGAUGCACGCCUUCUUCCGGGCUGCAAAAACAAUCAAGACACCGACUGGUAGCGUUCUGAUGAGUUGUCUGGAAUGCAAGAUUGCCGUCGAGGAAGCAAAUCAACAGCCUUAUCGCCGACAGGAACAACCAGGCCGCCGCCGUCCAGCAAUUUGCUUGCCACAAGCUCUUACCGUCGAACUUCUCUGCCAGCUGUGA